AUGACGUCUACAGUUACAGAAGAGUCUACAUCAGAAAACAUCUCGUCAACAGUUGAUAAACCAGAUCCAGCAGCCGAUGAAGCAGCAGACAGUACCAAAUCCACCGAUAGUGUUCCAAAAGAAGUGAAUAAUUCCAUACAGCAAACACAACUGGAACCGGAUUUAUCGUUGCCAUUUUUUAGCACGAAAAGAACCUAUGACCAUCCGUACGGACCAUGGCGACCUGUACCAGAAAAAACACCUAAUAAACGAACUGUUGGCGACACACUCGAUCUACCACAUGAAAAUUGGCAUCUCCCAAGUAAUCAGCCCGAACCAGUGAUAGAAGUCAAACCUGAACAAAAAGUGAUAUUUAAAGAACGAGAAAUAAAGACAUCUGAUUCAGCAGCAAAAACAUCUACCAAUAUAGAAUUUAAAAAACGAAAAGUAGCUCAAAAUCAAAAUUUACGUGGUCGACGAACAAAAGAUGAUUGA